AUGGCGUCACCUCCUAUAAAAAGUUUCGUCUCAUUCACCGAAACAUGGCACAAUACGCCUUACCCGGCCAUCUUACCCACGAGGCCGGAGCUUUCAGCGGCUGGGAAGAGCGUCGUCAUUACGGGGGGAGGCACUGGCAUCGGAAAGGCCGCUGCCAUUGCCUUCGCCGAAGCCGGCGCCAAAUCGGUUUCCAUCAUAGGACGUAGGCUCGACCGCCUCCAGACUGCUGGGGCGGCCAUCACGGAAGCCAACCCUUCGACUCAUGUGGUCCUGCAGACGGGCGACGUCACCAACCGCACGUCCAUCGAGGCCGCUCUGGGUGCCAUCGUGGCAAAAACCGGCGCCAAGAUUGACAUAUUCGUUAACAACGCCGGCAUGCUUCCAAAGGAGGCUGCGGUAAUCGACUACCCCGAGUCAGAGGUCCGGCGAUCUUUCGAGGUCAACCUCAUGGGCUCUUUCAACGCCCUGCAGGUAUUUACUCCGCGGGCGGCUUCCGGCGCAAAGCUCCUCAACAUAGGUACUGCCAUCAGUCACUUUUCUCCUCUUCCGGAAGUGCCAGGAGUGUGGAGCUACGCAGCCGCAAAAGCAGCGGCGCUGAAGAUGAUCGAGUACUAUGCUUCUGAAAACCCGAAGAUUCACGUCGUAGGAAUCCACCCAGGUAUCGUUGGCACGGAGAUCAACCCAAAUAUCCCCGUGGGGCCAGACACAGUGGAGUUGCCUGCACACUUUCUCGUGUGGAUUGCAUCGGAUGAAGCUGCAUUUCUGAGGAACAAGUUCGUCUGGGCGAACUGGGAUGUGGAAGAACUCAAGACUCGGGCGGAAGAGAUCCAGACAUCAUCUCUACUGAGAGUAUCUCUGAACGGCGUCGAUAUGUAG